GCGAUUCUCUAUAUUCCCUUCCGCCAUGACUUGAAGCAUUGUUAAGAUGAACUAGUGGGCUGUUACAUUUGAGUGAAGCUCAUGGAGUGUGAUUCCGGGAACUGCUCUAGAGAAAAUACAAAGUUGGGAGCUAUGUUGACUUGUGAGAAGGGAAGUGAUAAAGAAGAAGAGCUCGUUAGAUACAUGUCGAGUUUACCUACCUAUCUGCAGGGAGGAAAAGCCCAACAGGAAAAAGCUUUUAAUGUUGGAGUGCUUGACUGGAAGCAUCUAAAAGUUGUAAAACAGUUCGAAUUGGGAGGCAGGGGCCUGCCACAAAGCGAGCUCAAUUACAAGCAGCCAUCACAAAUGGCGUUCCUCAAUUUAGAUUCUCAGUUGAGAAGGAAGAUGAGUGUGUAACAGCCACUGUGGAGCGAUUGUCUUCAUCCACGAAGAACAACAAUUGGAUCUAUACAUUCUCUACUAUGCAUGACAUGAAGAAGAAGAAAAAGGAUAGAACCAAAGUGACAGGAAAUAUUUCUAGUGCCGUCAUCGCUCAAAUGAAGGUUUCUGAUGUUCAAUUGUCAGACGUCAUUAUUAGGGAGUUUGUUUUGUUUAACACAGGCAGCAUAUAUCAACUAUUCUAUGUAAUUAAAUUUAGUUAUGUAAU